AUGAUUAUGUCUAUCUUCGCAAAUCAUGAUGCAAUUCAUAUGAAUCAUGGAGUCUCAGACGAAUCCGUUUUGUAUACACAUUCAUAUCUAAUCCCUCCAAUAAACCAACUGGAAAAUGAUAUUCUUAAACCAGAUCAAGAUAUGCUUACAUGUGUACAGUCUAAUAGGUCUCAUUCACCUAGUCAGCAAAUAUAUGAUAUGCUUGAUAGUACAGUUCUUUCUGAUAAUCCAAUCCAAACCAUAGCGAAUUCCUCAUGCAAAUCUCAAACAUCACUAAAAUCCAGUUCUUGCGACACAAGUAACGCCGAUUUAGGUGUCGAUAUAAAACCCUCUUUCAUGUAUAAUGAUAAUCCUCAAGUAAUUAGCCAAUCCUUCUUAACAGAUCUGCACAAUCAUACUGAUAUUCAUACGGUUUCUUCGGAUACUAACCCUAAUCUUUGUUCCAUAGCUAAUUCCAUUAACAGUACUCAUCUUCAGGAACUUGUUUAUAACACGCCUCAAAAAUUUCCUCAUAUGUUACCUCCCGAUGCUCACCAACACUCUGUGUACCCUGAUAAUGUAGUAUCAGAACCAUUCACUCGUCUGCUUGCUUCUGGGAAUUCAAACGAGACCUCCACAUCUUAUUUACCUCAAGUUACAAAAGUUGAGACUAAUUCUCUUACUGUUUCUCAGUCACCAAUUUUGUUGUUUGUCGAUCCUAACAAAACAAAACCCGAGAGUAAAGAAUGUUUUCCUACACAAAUUCCUUCCGAACUGGCUAGUCAGUCUUCAUCAGCUACUUCUGUAAAUACGACUAAUUUGAAUCCAAUUUGUGUGAUUUGUGGUGAUAAAGCCAGUGGUAAACAUUAUGGUGUGAUUUCAUGUGAAGGAUGUAAGGGAUUUUUUAAACGAACAGUGCGUAAGCAAUUAGUAUAUGUUUGUCGGGAAUCAGGUCAAUGUCCUGUAGAUAGACGGAAGCGCACACGUUGUCAGCAUUGCCGUUUCGAGCAGUGCUUAGCAAAGGGAAUGAAGAAGGAAGCUGUUCAAGAAGAGCGUCAUCGUCAACCAACAUCAAAUCCAGUGCCUUCAAUUUCUAAGCCACCAAAGAGUGAGAAGAAAGGUCCUGGGCGUCGUUCAACUUUUGGUAACAAAUCUGCUGAGUCAAUUGUUACUGAUCAACCUCCGAACAUUAAACAAGAUUCAACACCUAAUAUUUCUAUAACUCCUACCACUACUGACUGUGUACAACCUAAUCAAGUUAAAUCAGAAAGUUCAACUACCUGUAUUCAAUCUAAUAAUGUACUAAUAUCCGACGAAACAGAUCUACCUAAUUUAACAUUACGAUGUUUACUGUCGGCUGAAUUAAGCAUGGAUCCUAAAUUGGCUGUAUCAGAAAGAGGUGAAGCAAUUUAUGAAGAUAUACCUGGUGAUGAUGAUACUGGUUUACAUCCAUUGACCAUAAUCUGUCAGUCUAUUGAACAACAAUUACCUCGAAUAGUUAAUUGGGCUCGUCAGUUGCCAGUGUUUUCAUCUGUCUAUCUUAGUUUUGAUGAUCAAUUCUGUUUAAUAAAAGCUGCUUGGCCUGAAUUAGUUUUAAUCAGCUCAGCGUAUCAUUCAACUGUUAUUAGAGACGGUUUGCUUUUAUCGAUUGGACGUCAUCUUGGUAGGGAAGUGGCUAAAUCACAUGGUCUAGGUCCUCUUGUUGAUAGAAUUCUUCAUGAACUUGUUGCACGUUUUCGUGAUUUAUCGUUACAAAGAACUGAAUUAGCUUUACUACGUGCUAUUAUUCUUUUUAAUCCUGAUGCUAAUGGCUUAUCAUCACGUCAUCGCGUAGAAGCUGUCAGGGAGCAGCUUUAUUCAGCUCUUCAUUCGUAUUGUACGACUAAUCAACCCCAAGAUACUUCCCGUUUCACAAAAUUACUACUAAGAUUACCUCCUUUACGAUCCAUCGCAUCCAAGUGCCUUGAACAUUUAGUAUUUGUCAAAUUAGCAGCUGAAGACCCAACAAGCUGUCGGUUGAUCAAUCUUGUUGAACAUGGUGUUUGGCCUAUACAAGAGAAAAGUUUUGAACUUGCCACAUUACCAUCCGAUAGUGCAUCUACAGACUCAGUGCCAAGUCAAAUUACAAUGGUCCCUACUCCUCAGUACAUUCAGCAUCAAGAUGAUAAUUCACUACCAACGAGUAGUCAUACUGAUCUCUCCUACACACACACAUUGCCAAAUUUUCAUACAGUUCAGAAUUAUCCGUUUUGA